AUGAGUGCCUUCCGCCUUGGCCUAAACUGCAGUCGUCGAACUGCCACAUCAUGUACUCUAUCGUCAACGCCGCGUGUCUCUCGGGUUCAGCAAAGGUUCUUUGCAAAAGGGAAGUUCGCUAUUUUCGAAAAAAUGUUACAAGCAAAGAUAUCAGAAGUUAUCGAGUGUAGCGAUUCAGAAGAAUGGAUAUCUCGCCUUAAAUUGAACCCCUCUCUUGUUCAUCCUCAUCUUUUCCAGAAAUCUAGUCCUCAGAUCAUAAAAUUCAACGGUGUCUCUUAUCCCCCCUUGUUCCUCCGCGAUUCUUGUGGCUGCGAUAAAUGCAUUGAUACUUCUACAAAACAGAAGAACUUUCAAACUUCUGACAUUCCUUCUGAGAUCAGAGCUGCCUCGCUUCUACCGGGUGAAAAUGGAGAUAUAAAUAUAUCUUGGGAAAACGACAUUCCGGGCUACGGACCAGAUCAUGUUUCGACAUUUUCUCAGAACUUCUUUCAGCCCCCUUAUUCGUCGAAAGAGACGCAUCCCUUUAAAACCCACGCUGGGGCUUCCCGACCAACCGCGUGGGAUGCACAAACAAUUGCUCAGAAAUUACAAUAUGUAACUUAUGAUGAUUACAUAAACUCCGAAGAAGGUUUAUUCCGAGCUUUGAUCAUGCUUCAGGCUUAUGGAAUCCUCAUCCUUAGGAACGUGCCAGAGUCAGAAACAUCAGUAGUGGAUAUUGCAAAACGUAUCGGUAACCUUCGGGACACUCUCUAUGGAGCUACCUGGGACGUCAAAUCUGUUCCUCAGGCUAAGAAUGUAGCAUAUACAUCUCAAAACUUGGGGCUGCACAUGGAUUUGCUGUAUAUGGCUAAUCCCCCGGGACUUCAGCUUCUUCACUGUCUACGAAAUACCUGCUCGGGUGGCUCAUCCAUCUUCUCCGAUGGUUUUAAGGCUGCCGCACAGCUUAAUGAAUAUGAUUUCCUGAAGUUGUGCACCCAUCCAGUCGGUUAUCAUUAUCGCAACGCCGGCGAACAUUAUACAAAAAGACGCACUGUACUAACGAGAGGACCAAAAUUUGGAAAUCUACACCCGGAAAGAUCUAUCGGAUCUGUUAAUUAUUCGCCACCAUUUCAAGCAGCAUUUUUAGAUCAAUUCCAACUCAUGAAUAUAGCUGAAUCUUUGAGGCAAUUUGCAUCUCGAGUAGAGGCACCUGAAAACGUGUAUGAGUACAGAUUACAAGAGGGGGAGUGCGUUAUUUUCAACAACCGACGAGUGCUUCAUGGCAGGAAAGAGUUUGAUACAUCGGCUGGGGAGAGAUGGUUGAAGGGGGCUUAUAUUGAUUCUGAUGUCUUUUUGAGUCGUUAUCGAGUAAUGGCCGAACAGUACCAAGACCGCGAUAGAGAGUUUCUUCGUACUCAUGCUAGAUAUAUCAGUUGGGAUAUUAAGAACCCUGACACCGGUAGGAUGGAAAGCGAUCCCCAUAAAGUGUGGGAGAGGAGUAGAGAUCUUCCUCAAACUGAGGUGUAUGCGAAUCAUAUCUAA